AGGUGGGAAAUCGAGCGGCAUGGAGAGGGGCCGGGGAGAGCUCGGGGCUGGGAGGGCGGCGGAGGCUCGGAGUCCUGCGCGAUUCGCUGCGCUUUGACGCUAACCAGCCCCCCGGAGUGCCAUGUAAACUGCAACUCCUGGAAACUUCGGCGGCUCUGCCAGGCUUCGGCGCAGGAGCCUCGGGACGCGUCCGCCGCCCCCCGCCGCCGCCGAGGUGGGGGGGGCUCUCCCCGCUGCUCGGGGAGGGACGCUGCGUGUCGCCCUCCACCCCAGCCCGCUCCAGCUCCAUCGCCGCCCCUUUCGGAUGGGCUGAGGCUGCGGGACGUCCCGGGCUCCUUUCCCGGCCUCCUGCGCGGAGCGCACCGGGCGGACCCGGACUUGCAGGGGCGCGCGGUCCCCUCGCUGCCCGGGGCAGGAGCGCCAGCAAAGGGCCCCCUUCGGGGAGCCAGGGGGCGCGCGGGGAGCUCCCCUCCCUCCGUCCCAGCCCGGGGCCCGGACUCGCCUGAAGCUCGGGCCAUGCGGGGCCGGCCCGUCCGGGGGCCCCGCUCCGUGCCCUGAGCGCGCCAUGGCCGGGCUGCAGCCGCCCGGCGAGGGGGACCUCCCCAUGCUCUCGCCGCCCCCGAUCCCCGGCGACCCCCGGCGCGGGGAGUUCGUCGCCCUCACCGCGGUGCAGACGGAGAAGAGCGAGCCGCCCGCGGGCAGCCCCCGGCGCCUGGGGCUGCUGGGGACCCCGCUGCCAGCGCCGCCCGGCGGGGCGGCCUCCCGCUCCGCCGCGCACAAGCGCUAUCGGCGCCUUCAAAACUGUCUGUACAACGUGCUGGAGAGACCCCGCGGCUGGGCGUUCGUCUACCACGCCUUCAUAUUCCUCCUAGUCUUCAGUUGUUUGGUGCUGUCCGUGUUCUCCACCAUCCCAGAGCAUCAGAAACUAGCCAACCAAUGUCUGUUCAUCCUGGAGUUUGUCAUGAUUGUGGUGUUCGGCAUGGAGUACAUCAUCCGCAUCUGGGCAGCUGGCUGCUGCUGCCGUUACCGGGGCUGGCAGGGGCGGUUCCGCUUUGCCCGGAAACCCUUCUGCGUAAUAGAUUUCAUCGUGUUCAUCGCCUCGCUGGCCGUUAUCGCCGCCGGCACACAGGGGAACAUCUUCGCCACCUCGGCACUGCGCAGCAUGCGCUUCCUCCAGAUCCUGCGGAUGGUGCGCAUGGACCGCAGGGGGGGCACCUGGAAGCUGCUGGGCUCAGUGGUCUAUGCCCACAGCAAGGAGCUGAUCACAGCCUGGUACAUCGGCUUCCUGGUGCUCAUCUUCGCCUCCUUCCUCGUCUACCUGGCCGAGAAAGACGCCAACACGGAGUUCGCCACCUACGCUGACUCGCUGUGGUGGGGCACAAUCACGCUCACCACCAUCGGCUACGGGGACAAGACCCCCAAUACGUGGCUGGGCAGGGUGCUGGCGGCCGGCUUCGCGCUCCUGGGUAUCUCCUUCUUCGCUCUGCCUGCUGGCAUUCUGGGCUCCGGCUUUGCCCUGAAAGUCCAGGAGCAGCAUCGCCAGAAACACUUUGAGAAGAGGCGGAUGCCGGCAGCGAACCUGAUCCAGGCAGCCUGGCGCCUGUAUUCGACAGACGUGAGCCGAGCCUACCUGACCGCCACCUGGUGUUACUAUGACAGCAUUCUCCCAUCCUUCAGAGAGCUGGUCCUUAUGUUUGAGCAUUUGCACCGAGUCCGCAACGGAGGAGUUAGGAAUUCAGAGGUGAAAAGGUUGCCUGAUGGAGCCCCACCACCAUAUCACUCCUUCACCUCUGGCCAGAAAACCAUCGCCCCUGCUUUUUGCUCUGGGGAAAGCCAGAUCUUUAGUAGUAAACGGAAUUUCUUUCGGAUUCCUGCCAGCUGGAAACAGAGCAACAAAAUGGGCAUCAAGGACCGCAUCCGCCUGAACAACUCGCAGAGGCAGGGCAGCCGGGGAAAGCAGCACCUGGCCCCGCCCAUGCGCCGCUCUCCCAGCACCGAGAACGUGCAGGAGGCCUCCAGCCCCACCAAGGUGCAGAAGAGCUGGAGCUUCAAUGACCGCACCAGGUUCCGGGCAUCGCUGAGGCUCAAACCUCGGCCACCAGUGGAGGUUGACGGCCUGGUGGAGGAGAGCACCGAGGAGAAGGGCUACCAGUGUGACUUGACCUUCGAGGACAUCAUGCCAGCUGUGAAAACGCUCAUUCGGGCUGUCAGGAUCCUGAAGUUCCUGGUUGCGAAGAGGAAGUUCAAGGAGACCCUGCGGCCCUACGACGUCAAGGACGUCAUCGAGCAGUACUCAGCCGGCCACCUCGACAUGCUGGGCCGCAUCAAGAGCCUCCAGUCACGCGUGGACCAGAUCGUGGGAAGGGGAGCCAUUGCGGUCGAUAAGAAGACCCGGGAGAAGGGAGAAAAGUCCCUGGAGGUCGACCUGGUGGACGAGCUUAGCAUGAUGGGCCGAGUGGUCAAAGUGGAGAAACAAGUGCAAUCCAUAGAGCACAAGCUGGACUUGUUACUGGGCCUCUAUUCCCAGUGCCUGCGGAAAGGCUCCAUGAACUCCUUUACCCUGGCUGCCACGCAGAUCCCCAGCUUUGACCCGGACAUCACCUCCGACUACCACAGCCCCGUAGAGCACGAGGACAUCUCAGUGUCCGCGCAGACCUUAAACAUCUCCAGGUCAGCCAGCACCAACAUGGACUGAGAGGGGUUCCCAGCACAAGUGGGGCAGAGCUGGGGGACCGGUCCUGAGCCUGGUGGUGAACAUUCUUGUAGACAGACACACUGAUAGCUAGCAGGCAAGAAGACCAAGCCGUGAACCCAGCCAGGUUCUGGGCUGGGGACCACGGGGCCUCAUCUAACGUGUCCUGAUGCACUAUGAGCCUCACCUUGAUUUUACUUGAACAAGUCUUCCUUCUGACCGUGCACAAGCCGGAAUUAUUAAGCAACUAGUAUUCAGCACCAGGGAGCCAGCUGGGGCUGGGACCCCGGGGGAUGCAGCCGAGAGAGAGUUUCUUAAAGCAUUAAACCUACAAAACCGACGAGAGAACGCCUGGUAUCUAAGAAGCUCUUUUAUUUAUAGGAUCAGCCUCUCUAGACUUUGUCCUCUGCAGGCUGUCUUUUCUGCAGAGGAAAUCCCCCUCUCCCGGCACAUCCCUGGUUGGGGUGGUGCUGCCCCAGUGCAGCGGGAGGGCGAGUUGGCCAGGGAUGCAACGGGCCAGUGCGCCUUGUCACUCGGUCUUUUUUCUGGGCGCCUCUCCGGGAACCGUCCUUGGAAUGAUCUUUGACACAGGGUAUGGAAUGACCGAGAGCGUCUCAACUCCAAGGUUGGCAGUUCUGACCUCUUCACCAACGUACGCGGCAUCCCUGAGGGUCUACGCCGUUGCCCCUCCCGGGAGCCGGAGCAGGGUGCUUACUAACAGCUAUGCAAGGCUCGGUAACCCUUUACCAUCCAGUGCUACACAAGGGGCAUUGUGACUCGAUUGAAUGUGGUUUCUUCUGGACCGAGGAAAUCGCUGGGGAAUGGCCAAGUUUUGCCUCCCUCCCGGGUUUCCUAUCUCCCAGCGAGCAGGGGCUCCGAUUCCUGCAGCCAUGACGGUAACUCAGUAAGCCCAGUGGAACCGUCUGCGGAGCAGUGUGCAUGCACGGAGGGCCGCGUGUAUGCCGCAGUGUUUCAAUAUGCAACCCUCGAUCCCGACAGGAGAGGCGGACGAGUAGCCCGUCGGCCUAAGCAAUAGGUGUUUGCCCUGCGCCCUGGGGCCGGAUCCUGGGCUGCUCGAGUCAGUGGGGUUUCACGGGGCGAACGCUGUUCCUUUGGAGCCUGGCGGACAGACUCGGAUGGACUUUGGAUCAGGCCCUUGACUUGAAAGGGGGUAACUGGCCCGUUGGACCAAAUGCAGCCCUGUUGCAUGAGUCUGUGGAGUUAACAGCAGGCCUGGAUCUGGUCCAUUGCACCUGGCUGUUGGUGGGGGGGAGGGGUGUGCAUAGGUGGGUGUCGGCACAGCCAGGAGGAGGGUAAGGAUGCUGUAGCUUCAUGUUAGCUCUUCUUUCCCCCCUCCACGUCUAGUCUGCCCAGCUCAGGCAGCCCGCCUUGCCCACUGUGGCUUCCGUACAUCUCCUUGUGGCACGGAAGGCAUCAGUAGCUUAAGGUACCUAAUAUCUCCAGACCUCGUUUUCCCAGAGGUGGGAACUGGAUCGCUUCUCUCCUCUGCCCCCUUCUACAGCCUAACCCAUCAGCUGGGCACGGGGCUUCACUUGGGGACCUGCUGUCCUUAGUCAACCAGCUUAAGUGCCUCUCAGCACGCUGGGGCUUUGCCCAUAGAUCCUACCCUCCACCCUGUCCCCCAUUGAUAGCCCAUUCAUUUCAAACCCUGGUCUCUGGUCCCCCAGGGGCUCCAUAAAGGAGUUCACUACUGGAUGGGGGCCUUAGCCCCCACUCUGGCUCCUGAAAGAGCCCUGAUUUCCCUUGCACAUCCUCUGUGGUCAGGAAUAUUCAGUAUCCACUGGAGCUGACUGGGUCAGGCCUGGAGUCAGAACCCCUUCCCCGGCCUGUUUUCUAGUGGGGGUGUGACUGAAAUCCAGCAGGAACAGGCUCUGGCAUAAGAGGGAUUUUUUUGGCCCGGAGAUUUCAGUGUCAUCAAAUCCAUCUAGGAACUGAUUUGGCUUUGAACCCGGAGCCCUCUUCCCAAUCCAAACACCACCGUUUUCCCAGACCUGCUGGUGCUCCCAUGGGGGUGGCUGGGGCUGGGGCUGGGGCUGGAGGGGGCGCCGGGGGGUAAUAGACUUCCCAUAACACAGGAUCUCUGCCUGGAAGGAGAGGUGGGAUGCGUUUCUCGUGCCUGCGCGUUACCCCUCCUGUGCAGUUAAAUGUCUUCCAGGGUCACCGUGCAUGUUGUCCCCCUGCCCCUCGGUCCAAGGCAAACCCCUGCAGAGCUGGGCAGCGCUUCCCCUCCCUGCAGUUAAAUUACAUCAGGCACCAGCCUUCUGUGGUGGCCAAGAGCAGCUCUUGAAUUUCGACAUGAAGAGUUUGCAUCCUCCCUCUCCCCCCCUCCCCGAGAGGCUGCUAAGGGGCAGCUCUGGCCUGCAAGGAGGCUAGAACAAGGGGUGGCUCUUGGGAAUGGCUGGGCAACUGUCCAGCCUGCAAGUGCUUCAGCUGAGAGCCUGGCUCUGGAAUGCGCCCUCCUGCACAGGCAUGCCGCUGUGCCAUUCCCUGGCAGAGCGGGGGCCUCGCCGGACCCUGGCCCCACCAAUGCCUCCUUUCACCACCCCUGGGGGCUCCCUGACCUUCACAGCCCCUCUUGUAAUGGUGGGGGCGUAGGUCAGGUCAAAAGGACCUCCUUCGCCCGCCCCAGCGGGUAUCUAAAGGGUGGCGGGGGACGUGAGUAGAGUAACCUGUCCCCACACCUUCCAGCUGCCAGCCAGCUCCCCGGAUCUACCGGCGUCGGGGUGGGAGAGACGCCUGCUGCAGGGCCGUGCACCGGAGCUCAGGCAUGGGGGGCUCCCUCCCCGUUCAGCUGAGUCCCACUUGCAUUUCGUGCCUAGGUAGUGCAUGCCGCCCGCCCCCACGGAGACCCCUGCCCAGAGCCGGUCUCAUCCCAACCUGCUUGCAUGCUCUAGCAUGUCUCUUGACUUGUGCACGAGACCCUCCACCCCGUGCCCCUGCCCCGAUCGCGGCGCCCAUCGCGCUGCGGCGUAGGAGGGCACACGCCGGCCCCCUUGCCUGGGCAGACGUGUCUCGUGUCUGUACGGGGUGGGGAUGCGGUCGGGGGGGCCAAGGCUUCGGCCAAAGGAGAAGAAGUAGGAAACCCCUCCAGGCGAUUCCCAGCGACCCUUGUUUCCGAGAUGAAGAUAGUUACCUCACUUUACUAACUUAUUAACUUAUUUGUUUCAUUAAAGUUUUACGUAGACGGCU